GGCAACCUGGAGUCCAGCAACUGUAUCUAGGGGUGUCAUAAGCUAUUUCCCCCACCAUACAGUUUUAGUGUGGGACCUUGUGGGCGUAUCUUGAUUUUUCCAUAAUUCUGAGUUGGGGAAUUAGUGGGCCAAAGGACAAAUACUGAGCUAAUUCUGAGUUGGGGAAUUAGUGGGCUAAAGGACAAAUACUAGGGAAAAUCCGAAGGUCAGGGCCAGGCGGUGAGACCAGUAAGUAUCUUCAGUCAUGAAGAACUUGGUUCAUGGAAUUAAGGAAAAGACACCUAUGGGUUUCUGCGAUGUCCCAGGAAAAAACUUGUUGGACUUUUUACGGGAUAUGAAAAGCAUUUGUGCAAACGAAGCCAGAUACAAACCUCGCAAAAAGAUCCACCAGGCUGCAAGUGAAGGUGAUGUCAAGAAACUGCAGAGAAUGAUAAACCUUGGGAAACACAGCGUGCAUGACAGAGACUUUAAGGAAAGGACUGCUCUGCAUUUUGCUUGCAUCUAUGGCAGGGAAGAAGUAGUAAGUAUUCUACUGAGAAAUAAUUGUGAUAUUGAUGCUGUUGACAGGAAUUCCGUCACACCUCUGAUGAAGGCUGUACAAAACUGGUCAUAUGGGUGCAUGUGUACAUUGUUGAAGCACGGUGCUAAUCCCAAUCGUAUGGACAAAAAUGGCAAUACUUCUCUUCACUAUGCUGUGUCUGAAGACAAUCAGAAGCUGGUUGAAUAUUUGCUUAAAUACAAUGCAGACAUGGAACAAAAGAACAAGGAUGGCUUUACACCACUUUUACUGGCUCUCAAGGAAAACAAAAUAGAGAUGGCGAAAUUUUUAGUAAAGAAGGGGGCAAAUAUACAUGUAUUUGAUAAGAUGAAAAGGUACAGUUGUUUGAAUUUUUUCAAUAAAAAUGUGUGACAUACUGAAAUAACAAUCUUACGACCAAGAAAUAUCAACUUGAUGGAAAGAAGACUAACUUACAGGGAUUCAGUGAUCAGGUAUCAAUUAUUCAUCAGUCUAAUUAGUUGGGUAAGCAAAGCAAUAAAUUGAGGUGAGCAACACAAAUCACUUAUAAGUUUCAUAUCCCCUUAUAUUGAUUGAUGCUUCUUAUUUGAUAUUUUGUUUGAUUGGACAACUGAUCUUAUGGUAGAUUAAUGGGUUUUCAGUUUGGUUUUACUAAUUUUUUAAGAAGUCUAAACUUUUUGAUUAACUUUGAUUCAUAACAAAACUCAAUCAUUUUGUACUGUUGUUCCUUGCUCUUAUAUGCUUGUCCUAUAAAAUGCCCUAUUAUUCAUAAAAAGAGUUGACAAUCACAGUCUAUUAGAUGACUCUUGCCUUUCAAUUCCCUUUGUUUGAGAAAUAAUGAGGUUAGAAUAUCCUAUGAUGACUAAGAAUUGUUACUUCAGGAUGCUGCUCAACUCUACCCCCUUUUGUCCUGUACAACUGGUAUUGAUGUGUUUAUAUUUACAUAGAGUUGGGAAAGCAAAGUAAAUUCACUUUAUUAGGAAACAUUAUGAAGCUAAGUAAUAGGUGGGUAGAUGCAGAUUCAUAGAUGACUUGGUUAAAAUAUCAGCUACCUAGCUGCUAGGUGUCUGAACUGCUAGUGUUACAUAUCACCAAAUAUGAAAAGAAGGAUAAUACCUUGUAAAGAGAUCAUUUAUGUAAAAUUUAGGGCAGUGCAUAGGACAUGUUAUCCUCAUUACUAACUGUAACUAU